UUGAUAGUGAUAGCGUAUCGAUUGUCGGCCGAAGAAUGGUGUUUUCUAUUUUUCAGUAAACACUAAACUAGUUAUUGCCUUAGCCCUUUGGAUAAUAAUAUUUAACAUUUGAAUAUUAUUAAUUGUUUGUUAAAAUUCUAUUAAAAUUUUAUUAUGAAAUAGUGUUUGUAAUUUGUAUAUUUUAUGGAUUUAAAGACAAUUCGAUCACACACCUAUUGAUUACUGAAAAUGAAGAUGGCUGAAUCAGUAAAGAAAUUAUUAAAACGAAAUAAACCAGGAACAAAAGCCAAUUUCUUCCGUAAAUGGCCUGACGAACCAUUUGAGGAGAUGGAAAGUACAUUAGCUGUUCAAGAGUUUAUUCAGCAACAAAUACGUGUAGAUCCGAGUAAUAUUGAUAUCAUAUUGACUCCACCAGAUUCUCAAGAAGAAGGAGUUUGGAAAUACGAACACCUAAGGCAGUUUUGUAUGGAAUUAAAUGGGCUAGCGGUUGAAUUGCAAGCUGAAUGUUUGCCCGAUACAUGUAGCCAAAUGACAUCAACUGAACAAUGGAUAUUUUUAUGUGCUGCACAUAAAACUCCUAAAGAAUGUCCUGCUAUUGAUUACACACGCCAUACUUUAGAUGGAGCGGCUUGUUUACUAAACAGCAACAAAUAUUUUCCAAGCAGGGUUAAUAUUAAGGAAUCAUCAGUGGCGAAAUUGGGGUCUGUAUGUCGGCGAGUGUAUAGGAUAUUUUCCCAUGCAUACUACCAUCAUCAAAACAUUUAUAAUAAAUUUGAGAAUGAAACAUACCUAUGCCAGAGGUUUACAAAGUUUGUGAUUAAAUACAGCUUAAUGGCAAAAGAAAACCUGAUUGUGCCUAUGCCUGAUGCAAUUAUGCAAGGUAUACGAACCGAAGAAGAUGGAACAACAUCAAUUAAAGAGCCAUAACUUAACUCUCCUUAGUACCGCGGUAAUCGUUUUUUUCAAAUGUUUUGCGAGUCACUGGCCUAUUAACAUGAUCCGAUACCUUGUCAGCUCCCUGGUAUCUAAAAUUAAAAUACUCUAAUUAAUUAAUUUUAAGCAUAUAGUAAAUUAUACAUUUAUACAUUUAACUAGGUAACAUUAUAAAAUAUAUUUUUUUUUUAUUUUAAGUCAGUUAGACAAUAUUAACCGAUGAUUAUCUAUUAUAUUAGAUUAUUAUAGGCUUACCCAGGUAAACUAGGAUGAAGGUGAUUUUUGGAUAAAAGAAUAU